AUUAUGGCAUUAAAAACUAAAUUUUAAAUGAUAAUAAAUAAUAACAUAACCUUACUUUUUCGAACCACAAUACAAUCAACUUGUGAGUACACUAAAGGUAAAACCUGUGUUCUGUGGGUAAAACUAUGGAUUGUCAUUAUUGAAUAAAUUUGUUAUAUUUUUACUAAUAAUAUGACUAAUAGUAAGAGAUUAGUGUUUGAGGAUUACAAUAUACCAUGUCAGGAUUUAGCAAAAAACUUGUUAGGAAAAUUGCUUGUCAGAAAAUUAGAAAAUAAUGAAAUUUUAAGGGGAAAAAUUGUAGAAACUGAAAGUUAUUUAGGUGGAGAAGAUAAAGCAUCCCACUCAUACAACAAUAGGAGGACUCCCAAAAAUGAACCAAUGUUUAUGAAAGCAGGAACAUGCUAUGUGUACAUAACUUAUGGCAUGUACCACUGCAUGAACAUUUCCAGUAAGGAACCUGGAUCAGCAGUACUGUUACGAGCUCUUGAGCCAAUAUGUGGUGAAUCAAAAAUGCAGGAACAUCGAUUAGAAAAGAAAAAUGCAAAUGUGAAGAAACUUGAGGAUUUAUGCAAUGGUCCUGCAAAGUUAUGCAUAUCUAUGGAUAUAACUAAAGAGAAUUGCAACAAACUGGAUUUAACUGAAUGUGAAGAACUGUGGAUUGAAGAUCCAGAAGGACAGGAAGAUAUAAAUAUUGUGGCCAGUUCUAGAAUUGGCAUUGCUUCUGCUGGAGAUGAGUGGGCUAAUAAACCCCUUAGGUUUUAUAUUUUAGGAAACAAACAUGUUAGUAAGAAAGAUAGGAAGGCAGAGAAGCUCUUUCUCGAAUAAAAAUUUAAACAAA